AUGGCGCUAAAAAAUAAUAAAAACAAAUAUGUUUGGGAAGAUGCACUUCAGAAAAUGGAAAGGCAAGAAAUGGUUGGACUUCUAGAACCUGUGGAGAUUUCUACAAAGUUAAGCUAUGACCAGCUGAAAAGUGAGGAGCUCAGGUCUAUUUUCUUACUUUGUGCUUAUAUAGGUGAGGCUCCAUCAAUCAUGGAUUUGGUGAAAUAUUCUAUCGGUUUGGGCAUCUAUCAUGGAGUCAAUACAAUAAAAGAAGCUCGAGAUAGAACAACUACAUUGAUCAACAAGUUGAAAGACUCAAGUUUGUUGCUGAAUGCUAGUUCUUUUCACCAUGUUACCAUGCAUGAUAUGAUCCGUGAUGCUGCCUUAUCAAUAGCAUCUAAGGAGUGGAAUUUUUUCACCAUGAGAUAUGGCAAAUUAGAUGAAUGGCCUGACACGGAUGCAAUUGAAAGGUAUGCAGCUAUCUCUUUACACCAUUGUGAUAUCAUUGAUAUGAUUCCAGAAGGUAUAAAUUGCCCUAGACUCAAAGUCUUCCAUAUUAAUAGUAAAGAUCCUCUCUUGAAAAUUCCAGACAAACUUUUUGAAGCAAUGGGAGAACUAAGAAUAUUGGUAUUGACUGGUAUUGAUCUGUUAAACUUUCCUUCUUCAUUUAAAUGCCUAAAAAAGCUUAGAAUGCUUUGCUUAGAGCAAUGUGUGUUGGAUGACAAAAUAUCAAUCAUUGGAGAGUUGGAAAAUUUAAGAAUCCUCAUCCUUUCUGGAUCCAAGUUUGAAGUUUUGCCAAGCGAAUUAAGGAAGUUGAGUAAGCUUCAAUUGUUUGACAUCAAUAUGUGCACCAAACUUAGAGUCAUUCCAUCUAAUGUGAUAUCAAAAUUGAAUAGUUUGGAGGAGUUUUACUAUAUGGGAGGCAAUUUGAUCCAAUGGGAAGUUGAAAAAAAACCAAACAACAAUGAAAUUGCUUCUCUCAUUGAAUUGAGUCAUCUCCAACAAUUGAGAAGACUGCACUUAAGCAUUCUAGAUAUUUUAGCUUUGCCGAGAAGCUUAUUCUUUGACAAGUUAGAUAGCUACAGAAUUGCCAUUGGAGAUGUUAAGAUGCUUUUACUGGAAUAUUUCAGAUGCUUCGUAUGCCUGAGGCAUCAAGAGCUUUGA